AUGGCCAGCUUCUUCGACAUCCGAGCGCGGCAGGCGGCUGCAGCGGCGACAGCAAGCUCAAGCAAGCAACAAACGCCAACACAAGAUAAUCGCCUACAGCCAUGGGUAGAGAAAUACCGCCCCAAGUCGCUCGAUGAUGUCACAGCCCAAGAUCAUACCGUCACAGUGCUCCGUCGGACCCUUCAGUCCGCCAACCUCCCUCACAUGCUCUUCUACGGCCCACCAGGAACAGGCAAAACCUCCACCGUCCUCGCUCUAGCCAAACAGCUCUACGGUCCAGAGCUCAUCAAAUCACGUGUCCUCGAACUCAAUGCCUCAGACGAACGCGGCAUCUCAAUUGUGCGAGAGAAGGUCAAGGACUUUGCACGCAUGCAGCUCUCGAACCCACCUGCUGGACCUGCUGGAGAGGAGUACAGGAAGAAGUAUCCUUGUCCACCAUACAAGAUUAUCGUGCUAGAUGAGGCCGAUAGUAUGACGCAAGAUGCUCAAUCCGCCUUGCGAAGGACGAUGGAGACGUAUAGCAAAAUCACCCGAUUCUGCCUGAUUUGCAAUUAUGUUACGCGAAUCAUCGAUCCUCUAGCUUCGCGAUGCAGCAAAUUCAGGUUCAAGAGUCUGGACGAAGUAAAUGCAGGAAAGAGACUGCAGGAUAUUGCGAAGCUGGAGAAUGUGCCCUUGGAAGAUGGUGUCGUGGACACGCUAUUACGAUGCAGCGAGGGUGAUCUGAGGAAAGCGAUCACAUUCUUGCAAUCAGCUGCAAGAUUGGUAGGUGUCGUGCAGGCCGCUCCUGCUGCAGACAAGAAAAGGAAGAGAGCGAAGAUCGAUGACGACGAAGAUGAAGAUGUAAUGGACGUCGACCAACCCAGCAGUAGCAACCUCGUCACAGUCCGCAGUAUCGAAGACAUCGCCGGCGUUAUCCCAACGAACACGAUCGAUAACCUUCUCACAGCCAUGCAGCCAAGCUCAAAAGGCACAGUCUACGGUCGUGUCUCCAAGGCCGUGGAGGAUCUGGUAGCAGAAGGCUGGUCAGCUACGCAGAUUGUGACGCAGAUGUACGAGGAGAUUGUUAUCAAGGACGAUACUACUGGGGACUGGCAGAAGGCGAGGAUUGUGCUGUGCUUUUCGGAUGUGGAUAAGAGGUUGGUGGAUGGGAGUGAUGAGCAUUUGACUAUUCUGGAUUUGUGUUUGCAGGUGGCUGGCAUACUGGGGGAGAGGUAG